AUGGAAUUCACAGCAAGGAAUGGAAGUAACAAGACCUAUUCUCAACAUUGCGGAUUGGCAGCUCAGAUCUUACCUUGUCUGACUGGCAUCAUUGCCCUGGUUGGGCUGGCGGGAAACAGCGUUGUGCUCUGGCUGCUGGGCGUCCGCAUGCGCAGGAACGCCUUCUCCGUCUACAUCCUCAACCUGGCCGUGGCUGACUUUAUCUACCUCUGCUUCUUGAUGAUAGAAUCCAUGGAUAUAUUCCUUGAACUCUUCUGGUAUUUCUUCAACAUCUCUGAAGUCAUCAUCUAUGUGUUGGUUUUUUCCUACCUUGCAGGGCUGAGCAUGCUGAGCGCCAUCAGCGCCGAGCGCUGCGUGUCCGCCCUGUGGCCCAUCUGGUACCGCUGCCACCGCCCGAGACGCACGUCAGCUGUUGUGUGUGGCCUGCUCUGGGCCCUGGCCCUGCUGAUGAGCACCGUGAAUGAAUUGUGUGGAUUUCUAUAUGAUUUUGACUAUACUGUGUGUCUGACAUCUAGAUUCAUCGUAGGUAUAUGGCUGACUGUUUUGCUUGUGGUUCUCUGUGGCUCCAGCCUGACCCUGCUCCUCAGAUUCCUAUGUGGUUCCGGGCGGAUGCGGAUGACCAGGCUGUAUGUGACCAUCCUGCUCACAGUGCUGGUCUUCCUCCUCUGUGCCCUGCCCUUGGGCAUUGCCUUUGUCAUAUAUUUAUUUAUUCCCUAUGAUGUUCAAGUAGAUUGUUAUUUACUUGUAGUUUCCAUGUUCCUGACGUCUGUCAACAGCAGCGCCAACCCCGUCAUUUACUUCUUUGCGGGCUCCUUUAGGCAGCGGCGGCAGCAAGGGCGGCAGACCCUGCGGCAGGUUCUCCAGCGGGCUCUGCAGGACACCCCUGAGGUGGAUGAACCUGGGGGCAGCCUUCCUCAGGGACCCCUGGAGCUGUCGGAAAGCUGAUAGGCCAGGGAGGAGCAGCCUCUGCCCUGGGCAGUCACACGUGACUCAGACAGCAGCACGGUCUGGCAGGCUUCGCCUUUGCAUGCAUUUCUCUCAACCUUGUGUCUCUGAAAUGCCUCAGGAAUUCCCCAGUG